UAUUAUGAAUUAUAUAAAUGCCUCGACCGGAGCGCGAAAAUCCUCAGAUAGCCGUUGGCCGGGUGUCGGAUUGCAGGUCGCCGCGCGCGCGUUAUAAUUCUCCGGAUCUCCUUCACACACACACACACACGCACACAUACAUACAUAGAUAUAAAAUAUAUCGUAUCACCCGCGUACUAUCUAUCUCUCGUCAUCGCAGUCGGGAAUUAUGCGGCGUAUCCUUUUGACACUGCCGCGGCUGCUGCUGCUCGUCGUCGCAACAGCCACGACAGUAUCAGCCCAUCACGAUCAUCACGAAGCUUCCGUCAUCGGUGGGAUCAAGGGAUCGAGCGGCCUGGAUGGCAGUUUGAGGCAUCACUCGCACGUCAGCCUGGGCUCGUCGCUUCACGGUGGACAAUCCAAUCGCGCGGCGGGGCUGAAAUGGUCGUCGGAGGGCGUAGCCGGCCACUCCAGCGAUCUCGGCGGUAUGAUCGACUCCGUGCUCAGAUACCAUCAGGACGUGAAAGACCGAAUGAAUCUUGACUUUUCCGGCUUUGGAAAGUCGAGCGUUUCCGGUCAAGGAAGCGGACAACUGAUCGGUAACGGUGGUGGUGCUGGUGCCGGUGGAAUCGGUUCUCUGCUCGGUUCAGCCGUUGGAUCUCUGGCUGGAAAGCUCAACGUUGGUGGCGGCGGCGGCGCGGCCGAUCAAAGGGCAACGAUCGACGACGAGGUUGUUGGUGGUAUCGGAUCGCUGCUCGGUCGCGCGAGCGGUUCGGCAGGUCUCGUGGGAAAUAUCAACGUGAACGGUCGAGUCGGUGGUGCCGCCGAAACUGCAGGCUCGGUAGAAAGCGGCGGAUCCAUUGUAAUCGUGGACGAUGGAGCUACGAAGCAGGAAUCGAACGACGAGAAUCAAGAACUCGGCUGGGUGAUCCCGACGCAAAACGUCGAGUACGAAAUAAUCGUUCGUAAGAACGACGACGAGAACGACGACGACAGGCAAGAGAUUUUCGUGAUUUUGGACGGAUCGAAGGGAGAAGAAGGAGUUUCGUCGUCGAUCCGAGCCGAGACUGGUCCGGAAAUCGAACGAUUAAUAAUAUUGGAAGAGCCGAGCAGCAGCAGCAGCAGUAGCAAUCAAAGACUAGCGGAACAGAUAUUAACGAUCAAAUCGUCCACCAAAGACGAAGAAGAAGUUCGAGAAGAACAAGUACCGAUGGAGUCGUCGUCGUCGUCCUCGUCUUCGGCAGCAGUCGUCGUUUCCGUACUGCCGUCGUCCAUCCUCUCGGAAGUUUCGCGAGUGGCCAGUAGUGGCUCGAGUGCGAUCUCGAAGCCUCUGAGCUAUAACGCGGCGGGGGGCACUUCCGCUGCAACAGCUGCCGCGGGGGGCGCCGACGCCAAAGUCAAUCUCGGCUUGAACUUCAACAACUUAAACAACAACAACAACAAUCAAGCCCGGAACAGCGAGGAUCUUCACGCCUCGAUCGCCGAGUACACCAAUAAUCUGAAGAACUCGAUCAGGACGAAAUUCGGUGGUGCUCUGGACGGCGGAUUGAAUGUAAAAACGAGCGGCGGCGGUGGUGGUUCUGGCCUCUUUAACCUCGUAAAUAUCAUUUAAUAAAUGCUAUUACGUACUUUUAACGUUAGAGUCGAUUUCGAUAGCGGAAUGACGAAAAAUAUAAUAAGAUUAAAAUAUAUACGUGAAAGAGCGAAGAACGAGCUUGGAAGAAGACUGUAUGAAAGAAAAAAACUAAUUUUUAGAAAUCAACGAGCAGCUGCAUAAGAAUAACUGCGAGAUGUUAAAUUUCUGUGUGAUUAUAUUUUGUAAAUGAAACUGAAAUAAAAUUUAAAUACGAAUAAAUUAAUGAA